CUCCUCUUUCUAUGUAUAUAAAUGACAAAGUCAUAACCAGACUAGAGAAGAGAAGAGAGAUCAACUACUCAUUAUAAUUAUUAUACUUUCGUAAUUCGUUUAUUUGUGUUUGAUCUAAAAGAGGGUUAGCUCUCUAAACAUGGCGGGCUUACAGAGAUCUGCAGUUUCUUUUCGGCGACAAGGGUCUUCAGGGCUUGUAUGGGACGAUAGAUUUUUAUCCGGAGAGUUAAACAAAGUGAAUCAAAAAGAUGAACAAGCUUCAGAGCCGCAGCUGCACGGCGGCGGUGGUCGUCAAGAACGAGAAACACAAGGCCAAGAAAUAUCACACGACUAUAAUAACAAUACAAAAGACGGUAAGCCCACGAGAUCAAUUAAUACGAUGGAAAGAAGCCGAUCCAACGGCGAAAGACGGGGUUACAGGACGGGUAGGGUGUCUCCGGCGAUAGAACCGCCGUCUCCGAAAGUAUCUGCAUGUGGGUUCUGCGGCGCUUUUGGUAAAACGUCAAAGAAGAAUCAGUUGAAGAAGUCCGGUAAGCGUAGAUCACACUAGCUCUUAGAUAAAUAAUAAAAAAAGUUUUUAGGAUUACCGGAGAUGGAAUAUCCCGGUAAGAUUUUUGGUAAUUUAUUAUUUGUCUAUUGGUGUUCUUAUUCAUGUUCUUGUUAUAAUUUUUUUCCUAGUUUGGUUUGGGUGGAUGUAAUUAUGUGUGUACCGUUUGGUUCCUGGGAAAAUUUCGCCGUGCAAAUUUAGUGAAUUAAUUUUAUUGGGAUUAGGCACAUAAAACAUAGGGCCUUAGGUAUCCUAUCUUGUGUAGAUUGAUUGAGGAUAAAGUUUGAUAUAUGAUAAAGAAUUCUCUA